AAAAAAAAAAAUGAAUUAUUUUCCAAUAUAUGAUGGAAAUAUUCAUCCAGACGAAUGGGUGAACAACAUUCAAAAAUAUUACUCUCUUUGGCCAAAUAAAACUGGUUUAGCAUUCAUGGAAGUUGUAAAAUUAUUAGUAGAUAGCGCUAUUAAACUUCCAGCCGAAAUUUAUGACCUCGAAAAACUUCGUGAUGUACUCAAAAAGGAUAUUACCUUUACGGUGUUUAAAGAUUUAAAUAAAAGAAAAUUACAAUCGUUAAAAUAUAUUUCUGAAAGAGACGGUGGUAAUACUUUGAGAUUUUUUACAGAAUUUCGUAAACUUUGUUAUAAUUCUGAAACUAAUGAUAUAGGAGAACAAAAGAAAUAUUUUUCUAAGACUCUUGAUGAUUAUCCCUAUUUUUUAACCGAAUUUGGUGAAAGAGUGAAUAAUAUCAAUUCAAUGGAUGAUUUAAUUAAAGAAUUUGAAGAAAUUGUUAUGAAUGAAUCAAAUAUAAUUAGAUAUGGAUCUACCGUUGCAUUAAAACACGUUGCUACAGGAAAAUAUUUAACUUCCAUUGGAAAUUUAUGUUAUACAACUGGAAGUAAGAAACAAUUAAUUUAUGCAAGCGAUUCAGAAUUUAAUCCGAAUGUUUUAUGGAAAAUAAUUAAAAAUCAAUCUCUUGAUAACAACUACUCUUGUACCAAAACUGAUAUAAGGUUGCAACAUAAAAUUUCUAACCAGUUACUUGGGAUUUGUUAUUACUAUAACUAUAGUAAUUAUUAUUACCACAAAUCUCCAUCAAGCAAUCAUACAGAAGUAAGUUGUGAUGGAAAUAAUUACUAUGAUUAUAUUUGGAAUUUUAAGCACAGUAAAUUAGAAAAUUAUGAAGGAUAUAUAAAAUCAAAUGAUAUUGUUAAUCUUAGUAUUAAGAAAAGUCAUGAUAAUAAUAAAGUUGAAUUUUUACGUAGUCAUGAUGUUCAAUUUACUAUUGGAAAUGAUACUUUUCAAGAGGUUGUUUGUCAUAAUGAAAGAUUAGGAGGAAUUGAUGAGUGGUGUAUUGAACUUAUUAGACAGGCUUAAUUGACUUGACUUUUCUUUUGUCAAUAUGUUUCUUCAAUAUUGUAUAAUACGGUAUAUCAUUUAUAAUAAUAUGAUAUUCAACCUAUUACUUUUAUAUCUUAUACUAGCUAUCAUUUGUUAACCUUAGCCUUUGGGC